AUGCUUAAGAUAAAGAAUAUAUUUGGGAAAAAGAGACAGCAACAACAACCACAACAACCGCAGCACCAGCAAGAUUGUCGAAGAUCGACGGGCGGUUUGGCUACUGGCGAUGUCAGUCAUGAUCGCGGUAGUACGGAAGAUUCGAGGAGCAGUUCAGGUUUAGCUGUUGCAGAUCAGGGAAAGGCGAUGCCUAUUAUCGAAUGUCCUGUGGAAAUCGAUGAAUCGUUCCUUGACAAAGAUAUUACGAACGUGGAGAGUCUUUCGCCGAUGGUUGAAGACAGCGACGUUCAUAUUGUGCAUAGUGAUAUAGAGGAUGGAAAAGGGAUGCAGGAAGAUAGUGAGGACGCCGACAUCGGCAUAGAAGAUGAUUCGACCGCGGCGACUGGCAGUAGUAGUGAACAACUUUCGGUAGAGAAAGAACUUCCCGAUGAGUUUUUCCAGGAACAAGCAGAGCUCAAGGAUUACUUGCUUAUCAACAAGAUAGGAGAAGGAGCGUUCUCGAGAGUGUUCCGUGGUAUCCCGCAGAAAAACAGCUCGAAGGCCUAUCUUACGAGGAAUUUCACAGAGUGUGCCAUCAAAGUGAUUCAGAAGGACCAAAGCUCCGGAGCAACGAUCAAAAAGGACGAACAGACUAAGAAAUCUACGAGAGAACAGGUGAUGAAGGAGGUUCAAAUACAUAAACUGAUCACUUGCGGCGAGGGGGCACAGAACAUUGUACAGUUUGUGGAUUUCCAAGAAUCUGAAAACUACUACUACAUCGUGCAGGAGCUCUUAAGGGGCGGUGAGAUUUUUGGCGAGAUUGUGAAAUAUACCUAUUUCAGUGAGGAUCUGUCGAGGCAUGUUAUUAAACAGUUGGCAUUGGCAGUGAAACAUAUGCAUUCGAUGGGAGUCGUUCACCGUGACAUCAAACCUGAGAAUCUUCUGUUUGAACCCAUUAAGCAUAUACCGUCCAAGAAGCCCGUGCUCAGAAGAUCGGAUGAUCCUGCCACUAAGCUCGACGAGGGUGAAUUUAGACCUAACGUCGGUGGUGGUGGUAUUGGGGUCGUGAAGCUGGCCGAUUUUGGUCUCUCCAAGCAAAUUUAUCAAACAGACACAAAGACUCCAUGCGGAACGGUCGGUUACACGGCCCCCGAAGUGGUUAAAGACGAGAAAUACUCCAUGGGGGUCGAUAUGUGGGGAAUAGGCUGCGUGCUAUAUACGAUACUGUGCGGUUUCCCGCCAUUUUACGAUGAAAAGAUUGAUGUCCUGACGGAGAAAAUUUCCCGUGGCGAGUACACGUUCCUCAGACCCUGGUGGGAUGAGAUAAGCGAUGGUGCGAAAAACUGUGUGAGGAAGCUUUUAGAGGUCAACCCGGACAAAAGAUAUCGAAUCGACGAUCUGUUGAACGAUGAGUGGCUGAACACUUAUGACGCGGUAAGACAACGAGAGGCUAUGAGUGAGCAGAAACUGGCCCAUGCGCUGGAUGCCAAGCGGAAAAGCAAAAGUCACACCUCUCGCAAGAACAGACUCUUUUACCCCAAGAGAGACUCGUCAUUACUCUAUUCCCCAGCGGCCAACGUGAUGCGUGAUGCUUUUGACGUCAGCAACGCGGUACAACGUAACGAAGGAGACAAAAGACAUCAACAACACCAUCAAGAUUACCGUUCGCAGUCACAAAGGUUUGCUCUCGGCUCCCUAACGGAGGGAUCAGAGGUUUCCUGUUGGGAAUCCGACGAGCUGGAAGACGACAUGUUCCAACUAAAACUCAAUUCCUCGACUAUAAUCAAGAGAAGAAAGGAGAACCAUAUUCCCAAUAACACCAUAAGGAUCCCCACACUGUUGGAAUAG